GGCCGAGCCCCGCUCCGCCAGCUCCGGGCCCGGGCCCUGCGCGCUCCCCUCGGCCGCUGCCGUGCGGGGCCUGCGCGGCCCCUUCCCCUCCCUUCCCCGCCCCGGUCGCUCCGGCCGCUGUGCCUCCCCGCCUGCCCGCCCGCCCGCCCAUGGAUUUCACAUAGCACCGGCCUCCUCCUCCUCCUCCUCUUCCUCCUCCGCCGCUCCAUGGCGGCUCCGGCUCCGCGGCCGCCCGGCCUUUGCUGCUGCCGCAAGGGCUCCGCCGCCGGCCCGGAGGCGCCGCCGGCUCCUCCCGAGCCUCCUCCCGAGCCUCCUCCGGACGUGGCUUCGGCCUCCAGCUCGCAGCUCUUCGGCCUCCGCCACCUGCACCUGGGGCUGGAGCUGCGGCCCGAGGCGCGGGCGCUGGCGGGCUGCCUGGUGCUGGAGCUCUGCGCCCUGCGCCCGCAGCCCAGCGCCCUGGUGCUGGACGUCCACCCGGCCCUGCGCGUCCUCUCGGCCGCCUACCGCCGGGCCCCGGCGGGGGAAGCGCCCUGCUCCUUCGCCUUCUCCCCCGCCGAGGCCUCCCCGGCCCCGCCGCCUCCUCCGCCGCCGCCUCCUCCGCCGCCUCCGCCGCCUCCCUGCCCUCCGCCGCCGCCUCCGUGCUCCGCCAACCCGCCGGCCACCGCCACCUUCCUCUCGGCUCCCUGCAUCGCCGCCCCCCCCGGGGACCCCCCCGGGGACCCCCCCGGCAGCCCCCCGCCCGCCGCCGAGCCCCCGCCGCCGCUGCCCGUCUUCGCCCAGCCGCCGUCCGCCGCCUGCCCGCUGGGCUUCAGGGUGGAUCCCUUCACCGACUACGGCUCGGCCCUCACGCUCUCGCUGCCCGCCGCCCUCCAGCCCCACCAGCCCUUCCAGGUCAUCGUCCGCUACACCACGGCCGACGGCCCCGCCAUCUGGUGGCUGGAUCCAGAACUGACGUAUGGCAAUGCCAAGCCAUUUGUCUUCACGCAGGGCCACUCGGUGUGUAACCGCUCUUUCUUCCCCUGCUUUGACACACCAGCAGUGAAAUGCACCUAUUCAGCUACCGUCAAGGCUCCAGCAGGCAUACAGGUGUUGAUGAGUGCCACUCAAAGUACCUACUUAGAAGACGAAGGUGUAUAUCAAUUUUACAUGGAAUACCCAGUUCCUGCCUACCUAGUGGCCCUGGUGGCAGGAGACCUUAUACAUGCAGACAUAGGUCCAAGGAGCAGAGUGUGGGCAGAGCCUUGCCUGCUGCCAACAGCCAUCAGCAAGCUUUCUGGCAUGGUGGAGCGCUGGUUGACUGCUGCAGAGAGUCUGUACGGGCCAUAUAUUUGGGGGAGAUAUGACAUUGUUUUUCUUCCUCCAUCCUUCCCUAUUGUUGCCAUGGAAAACCCAUGCCUGACUUUCAUCAUUUCUUCCAUUCUGGAGAGCGAUGAGUUUUUAAUCAUUGAUGUCAUUCACGAAGUUGCCCACAGCUGGUUUGGAAAUGCAGUCACCAACGCUACGUGGGAGGAGAUGUGGCUGAGCGAGGGGCUGGCCACAUACGCGCAGCGACGGAUCACCACCGAGACCUAUGGAGCUGCCUUCACAUGCUUGGAAACUGCGUUCCGCCUUGAUGCUCUCCACAGACAGAUGAAGCUCCUCGGAGAAGACAACCCGGUUAGCAAGCUUCAGGUUAAACUGGAGCCAGGUGUAAAUCCUAGUAAUUUAAUGAACCUCUUCACCUAUGAGAAAGGCUACUGCUUUGUUUACUACCUGUCCCAGCUCUGUGGAGACCCAAGACACUUUGACUCCUUCCUAAGAGCCUACAUUGAGAAGUACAAAUUUACCAGUGUUGUGGCUCAAGAUCUUCUGGAUUCCUUCCUGAAUUUUUUUCCGGAGCUGAAAGAGCAAUGUGUUGAGAACAAAGCAGGACUGGAGUUUGAACGUUGGCUCAAUGCUACAGGACCUCCGUUAGCUGAGCCGGACUUAUCUCAGGGAUCCAGUCUGACCAGACCAGUGGAGAUGCUCUUCAAACUCUGGACCACUGAGCCUCUGGACUCUGCUGCUGCCGCCAGCAGUGUCGACCUCACUAAAUGGAGAACGUUCCAAACCGUGCUUUUCUUGGACAGGUUGCUGGAUGGGUCGCCACUGCCACAUGAGGUGAUAAAAAAGCUUUCGGAGUGUUACUCCUCUCAGCUGGACUCCAUGAACGCAGAAAUCCGCAUCCGCUGGUUGCAGAUUGUAGUCCGAAAUGACUACUACCCAGACCUUUACAAAGUUCGUCGCUUCUUGGAAAACCAGAUGUCUCGGAUGUACACAAUUCCACUUUAUGAGGACCUUUGCACUGGCACACUCAAGUCUUUUGCCUUAGAAGUUUUUUACCAGACCCAAAACCAGCUGCACCCCAAUUUACGGAAAACCAUCCAACAGAUCUUAUCACAGGGCUUAAAUCCACUUCCUGCCAUAGACGCUACAGCAGGCACUACAGAAACACCAGCAAUGGUGCUUGAGGACAAAGUCUCAGAGGCCACAAACGGUGCCAUUUCACUCAGGGAUGUUAACGUGUCUGCUUAGAUCACCAGCUCGUGUCAGCCAUGAAGCUUGAAAAUGGGGACAGGAACAGAGGAAAGAUACCAAGUGUCGCCUCCUUUUCCUCAGCCCUGCAGCUGCAGUGUGUUGCUGUAACUGGAUUUCUCUCACAAAACACAAAGGAAAUGUGCCUUCAAGUAUCCAGCAUGUGACACUGCCAGGCUUCAGAGAUCUCCUUCAGCUGUGGGUUGGAUGUUUUGCUUAGGUUUAUACCAGGCAGGGACUCCUGGGCAGUUGCUUCUUCAGGGAAGGUGGAUAGUUCUCUUUCCUGAGGCUCUUCUGGAUGUUUUCUCCGAGGUUGUGGUUCUUGUUUUUUUUUUUUUUUUUCUUCUUUCUUUUCUGUUUUGUCUGAAGCCACUGAGGCAUGUCCUACUUGCUGUGUGUAUGUUGCUGGGGAGUGUAUGUGUGUCAAGCUGCCAUUAUCCUGACAUUUGGACUGAAGUUUUGCAAAGAAGACACUCAGGAAUUCUCAGUGGCAGCAGAUAUGUUUUCAUGUUAUGCUCCUUACUGUGACAGAGGUAUUGUGAUUUUGGAGGUAGGGGACUAAUGCUCAAAUGAUUAAGAAACUAAUUUUAAAUAGCUCCUGUUUCCCCCAUUUCCCUACUCCAAGUGGCUAGAUAAUAAUAAUGCUUUAUAUAUAUAUAUAAAAGGCCAGGGGAACCUUAUGAUGGAUUUGAAAUCCUUCCAUAGUUAACCCCACAGUUUUCCCUUUGCACUCAAUGGGACAAGCAAUAAAGAAAUGUGUAGGCUUGAAUUUUCAAAAAAAGUUAAAUGAGGUGCCCAAAUGCUAUCAAUUCUGGUACUAGCUGGAUGCCUAAAUCUUUUUUAACUGUUUUGACAAGUCUAGCUGCAACCUUUGUUAGUGUCUUAGCAUGUGUAGCACAUGCAUUCAUCAGAUAUGCCGUGUGUUUUCUAUUCUGUCCUUUUGGAAAAAAUUAACAGGACCUUUAAUUUAAUUUUUUAAAAGAUCCCUAGCAUAUGUUGGGGCUGGAAGUCAACCCUGGAGAUAUCCAUGCUCAAAUUUUACUGCCUUGCAUAACAUUUGCCUGAAUAACAGUUGCCCUGUCAUAUGAUAGUCUGAGGGAAGCACUCUUUUUUUGAUGUGAAAAUUUUAAGCCCCACUUUACUCGAGUCUGUUUUCUGACUCGUGGUGGUGGCAAGAUGCCAUUUCAUUCACACAACGUGCUGUUUCUCUUGAUCCCUGGCCAGGCCUGCAGGAUGGAGAGACAUUCUCAUCUAUGCCGUUUGGUCUCCACAAAGCGCUGAGGGUGAAGCAUUGCUGGCUAUUACACAGUACAGGUGAUGGUUCUUGGACUCCGUGCCCCUUUUUUUUAAGCACGGAUAACUGUGUGCCUCUUGGUGAGCUCCCAGUAAGCGCCUCUGAGCUGAUGUAUCAGCAGGAUAGAGGACUAGUUGGAAUAAAAGGUGAAACACUUGGAAGAGGCUCAGCUAACGGAGACGUGAGAGAGAAUCUGUUAAAAACUUUGGUGCAAAUUUUAGCACUGCUACGGGGAUCUGCAUAGCACAGGGAGAGGGGAAAUUUGGGAGAUUUCUUUUCACCAAAAGAAUCUGUUUACACCCAUGUGUGGAUGGGGACUUAGGUGCUGUUACUGGUUCUGCAUUUUCUGGCUUUAAAUUAAUUUGGACUUCACCAUAGCCUUAGCCUGGGCUGAACUGGGAUAAAGCAAUAAUAAACUCAGGCCUCCUUAGUGCUUCAUUAGUUUUCAAAAAUGGGCCCUCAGCAUUGCUGGGCUUCAGAACUCCAGGUUCUCCUCUUUGCUCCGUGAAUGGGAUUACCUUUUUCGUUCUGUUUUGUUUUCCCAGAAGGGAUGGAGAAUGAUGUUUUCUGUACAAAUCUCUUUCCUUUUCGUUUGUCGUUCUAUUGAAAGAGAUUUGUACAAGCUGACCUGCUUCCUGCGUUGCCGCUGUUGGUGCAGCGUCUCCUGGACCCCUCUGCCAGCAGCGGCAGCCUGGCCAAGACCAGUAACCACUAGCAUCUCUCGGAAUCCCAGGCCUCAGUUUUAACAUGUUUUAUUUUGUGGGAGAAUGUAUGUGACCCUGGUUGGAAUUUUUAAUUUACAUGGAUGCCUUAUGAUGAUUGUCAAAUUAAACUAAGCUUUGUGAC